GAUAGACGGUCGAAGAGUUCGUGUGCCGCGCACUGCGAAGUUGCAACUGGACAGUCGAAAGUGUAAUCCAGAAAUACAUAUUAUUUCUCCCUGCUGCUGGGCCAAAAUUGGGCACCUAAAAAUGUUAUAUGAAACCGUGAUUAGGGAGCAAAAUUUAAAUUAAUUUGCACGCGAAUCGGAUUGAACGGUAAAACGAAAGAAUAAUAAAACGUAAACCAAAUUCAAUACUGAAGUGGAGGAAAAAUUAACCGCGUUUGUGAAUGUGUGUGUGUGCGCGUGUGCAUGUAUGUGUGUAGUUUACGUUCGUGUAUGUGUUAAUUUUUCAUGCGCAAUUUGGGUUAUAAAGCAAAGCGAGUGGCGAAAAACGAAAAUCGAAAAACGGGUAUUAAAAUGCAUUAAAACACUUUAGACUGGGAAGGCCCUCAUUGAUUUUCCUACGCACAGAAGUAUGCUACACAAAGCAAAGUAAUCGGGGAGGCGAUGGCUUUGACUGCGAGUGCAAAUGAGGUUGGAAACUCUCUGGCUGCAUUGGGAGCAUAAGUGCCCCGGCAACAGCAACAACAACAAGAACAAGAGCUGGAAUAGGGACAGGGAAAUCGGCAUCGAGCAACAAAGGACAAUCAGGAUGUGGACGACGGCUAGGAUAUCGGCGCCAUGUAGCUGCUAACCAAGGCGACGACUUUCUAGAAAAAGCAGCAACAGCAAAUCAAGAAGUGCAACCACAGAAAAAGGAGUGGGCGACGACGAAGACCGGAAAGAGGACUCCAUCGCUCUCUGUCUCUCUCUCUCUCUCUCUCUCUCUCUUCGGGAGCUUCGUUCAUAUUGCAGGCGCAUUGCCUAGCUGCGGGCACCUUGCCAAGCUGGCUCCCGUUCUGCCUAGUAGCGGUAUGGCCGGCCUCGUGAGCGGCGGUGGCAUCAACGGCGGAGGAAGCGGUGCCAGCACAGGCGGCAGCUACAAGCAUCAGAACCAGAACCACAACCAGAGCCAGCACCAGCACCAACAUCAGCAUCACCUCAUUUCGCCCACCCAUACGUCGCUGGGCCACGCCCACAACCUCACCCACACCCUGCCGGCUGGCAUAUGCAGCAGUGAUAGCGGCAUCUCGACACUAAGUGCCAUUUCGCCGCCCCUCUCGGCAGGCAAUUCCGUCUGCAGCACCACGGCGGCCGGCGGAAACACGGCCGGCGGCAGUCCUCAGCUGCGCACCUCGCCGGCCCUCAGCAUGCUGGGCAGCGGCACGGCAACGGCAAGCGGCAAGGCGCAGACCCAGACGCAAACGCUGAGCCCGGCGGGCAGCGGCUCCGCGAACUAUCUGAGCACCAUGAAGCUGUUGGGUCCAGCUGCCAGCAUUGACUUGGGCAGCUCGCCGCUCUCGCAUCGCAACUACAGCAACUCGCUGAAGGGCUUUAGUUUCAGGCGCAGCUUCGAUGACAAAAUCAUCGCUCCGCCCUUCUUGUCCCACGCCCACGGCCUGGGCUUUGGCGGCGCCAAUGCACCAACAGCUGCGCCCACGCCCGUGCCCAUACCCUACCCACAGUUCCAUCCGACGGCGCAUCACCAUGUGAAUAUGGCUGCGCCCGUGACGUCCGCCCAUCAUUUGCACUUGCACCACCAUGGCACGGGAGCCGCGCAUCAGCCGCUGUCGCUGGGCACGCUGACGUCCUCGCAGUCGACCACGAAGCUCUCCUAUCGGGACGACUUUCUUCAGCAGAUUGGCUAUCUGCCAACAACGCGCAUCUACAGCACCCCAACGAGCAUCGUUGACGAGGACAAGGCCCAGCAGGACUUCCUCUCUCUAUCACUCUCACCGCCCCUCAACCGGCGGCGUGACAUGCCGGCCCUCCGAGGACCUUUCGUCAGCCUAUCGGAGCCUCGCGGCACGCUGAGCACUACUGAUGAAAUUUACCCAGACUCGCCGGAUAGCAGUCUCUACGGCUCCGACGAGGAGCAGGAGGAUGCCUCGCAGUACUGCCGUGGUGGUUACCAUCCGGUCGUCAUUGGCGACAUAUUCGACAAUCGGUUUCGGGUUGUGCGCAAGCUGGGCUGGGGUCACUUCUCCACGGUGUGGCUAUGCAGAGAUCUAAAAGACGAGAAGUAUGUGGCUCUUAAGGUGGUCAAGAGUGCUCCCCAUUACAUAGAGACUGCAGCGGACGAGAUCAGACUGCUGGAGGCCAUCCGCGAUGCAGACCCGCUCGAUGUGAAGAGAGAGAGGAUCGUCCGUCUCCUGAAUCACUUCACGGUGCGUGGCGUGAACGGCGUGCACACCUGCCUGGUGUUCGAGGCGCUGGGCUGCAGCUUGUACAAGCUGAUCGUGAAAAACAACUACCAGGGACUGGCCAUCGCACAGGUGCGCAACAUCAUCAAGCAGGUGCUGGAGGGACUGGACUACUUGCACAGCAAGUGCAGCAUUAUUCACACAGACAUUAAGCCCGAGAACAUUUUACUUGUGAUUGACAAUGCGGCGGCCAUGAAUCAGCAGAUCGAUGACGAGAUCAACAGCCUCCGCGUGAAAGGCGUCGACUUUCCAGAUUCUUAUAUCAGCUCAAUCGAGAAGCAGACGAAGACGAGGGCCAAGUGGCCGCUGAUCGAGCCUAAUGGCUCCACGACCACGAGCAACAGCACGGCGAACAACUCGACUUCAUCGACGCCGCUGGCCGCCGUGGUCAUGUCCUCGCUGGACAAGGACGACACCACCACCUCGUCGACGCUCAACUCCAACACCACAUCCUCGCUGGCAUCCAAGUACUCAAGCCUCCUGGGCGACAGCGAGUGCAACGGCGGUGGCCUGGUCAGCGUGUGCGGCGUCGAUAGCCCCACAAUCGGAGGCACUACGAAUUUAAGCAAUCGUUAUCGUGCUGAGAAGAAAAUCACUGCCAAGUCUUCUAUUGACCACGAUGAGGACACAGACACCGAUACCCUCGGUGACAAUAGCACCAUUGCCAGCGACACGCCUACCGACCAAGACGUUAGUCUUACCAAAAAUAUCGUUACCGUUCACUCAGAUAAGCUGCCUAAUGCCUCCACAGUCAGCAACUCGAAUACCAACAACUCCUGCUCCACCUACACCACUGUUAACUCCAAUACUCAAAGCACGUGCACGACCACGGCACAACAGAACAACAGCAACAACACACCUACGGCAACAGACAGCAACAGCUCCAAUAUCCACACGCUUCCAACUUCCAGCUCCACAGCACCAAGAACCACAGCCACAUCAGACCCUACCAAUGCACCACCUUUAGCUUCCAGAACCACCAGCAACACCUCCACCAACACCGACACCAACACCAACACCGACACCAACAACAGCACGUGCACGUACUCCUUCACGCAUCUCGUACCAACAGCAACUGCUGCAGCAGCAACAGCAACAGCAACAACAACAGCAACUAUCACAGAUCUGUAUCAUAAUAGCAACAUUGGCAGUUGUGAUAGCAAAUCGACAACAGCGACAACAACAACAACAACAAUAACAACAGCCACAGCCACAAGCACAGUUGGCCAAGCGACCUCCAUCAAAGCAACCGCAACCACAACCACAACCACAUCAACAACAGCUAAAUUAAAUGUCAAUGCCAAUGCCAUUCCUUCGCAGAACCAGAGCCAGACCCAGAGCCAAUCCUAUACGCACACGAUACAGUCGCUAAUCAACAACAGCAAUGUGAGGGUGAAGAUCGCCGAUCUGGGCAAUGCCUGCUAUGACUACCACCAUUUCACCGAGGACAUUCAGACGCGCCAGUACCGUUCGAUCGAGGUGCUGCUGGGUGCGCCGUACAAUUACACCGCGGAUAUCUGGAGCACCGCGUGCCUGGCCUUCGAGCUGGCUACUGGCGAUUACCUCUUCGAUCCGCAUGCGGGUGAGUCUUACAGCCGGGACGAGGAUCAUCUGGCACACAUUGUGGAGCUGCUGGGAUCGAUACCGCAGUCGGUGAUCCUGCGUGGAAAACACGGGCUCAAGUACUUCACGAGCUAUGGCAGCCUACGGAACAUUACCAAGCUGAAGCCCUGGAGUCUGCUGAAUGUGCUCGUGGAGAAGUAUGACUGGGAUCCCGUAGAGGCCAAGAAGUUCUCCGACUUCCUGCUGCCUAUGCUCGAAUACAAUCCAGUUAUACGGGCAUCAGCGGCGGAGUGCCUGCAGCACCCUUGGUUGGAGCAGGAGGAGUUCGUCUAGCUGAAUAAGGGAGAGCAGCAAACAGCAAGCAGCUGGGGCAAGGAUCUGGGAUCAAACAACACUGAACAGCGGACAGAACAUAUUUUAAUCUCGAACUCAUAUUUGUAGGAUUUUAUAUGCGAACAAGAUUGUCAUAGUGGAAUUAAUAUUACGAAUUAUAUAAAUAGAUAUACAUACAUAUAUGCUAAAUUAGCGUUUAAGCGUGAAGGCAUAACACAAAAGAUACAAUUUCGGAACGUAGGGCAAACGGUUUUCGAAAAUUUUUAAAUUAACACAAUUUUGUACUCGAGAGCUUUAAAAGAAAAAACUUUUAGCAAAUCAUUGCAGUUUUAUUUAUUAUCAAAGUGAGGCAGGAAUAGCAAAACGAAGUAAUUUAUUUUGAUUUCUUAUUUGUUUAAUUUCGAAUAUUAUUAUUAUUUAUGUAUUUUUUUUUUUUUUAUUUAAAAAAGACAGAGGCGACAAGUGUUAAGUCAACAGAUGCCUAAACUGAAUGACUGAUUGCAACUUAAACAAACACAAAACACAAGAAACAAAAAUUAAAAAUGAAAAUUUAA